AUGUUCAAGGCUCUCAUCGUCGCUCUUGCCGCCGUCGCGGCCGCCAUCCCAACUCAGCAGCCUAGCAGCAAUAAGAUUGAGUGCAACAACACCGUGUUUUGCUGCGACAAACAGACGGUCGGGCAAGCUGGCAUCCCCAUUGACGCUCUCAAUCCUACGUGCACCAACUUGAACGUUCUUGCAGUUGACGCUCUCAAUCCCCCUUGCCCCGGGCAAACCGUCUGCUGCAACAAUGUCCAGCAAAAUGGUGUUGUCAACGUUGCCUGCACCCCCAUCAGUGCGUAA